UUGCCGAAGUGCAGGGGGGAGAGAGAGAGAGAGAGAGAGAGAAGGAGGGGGAGACUUUCUGCUGUGGAAAGAGAAACCUGUUUGAUCCCCUGAAGGGCAAAAAAACACACACCCACAUUGUCAUCUCCCUCCCAUAACAAGGCUGGGCCUCUUUUUUUGGCAAGGGCAGCCUUAGCUGUCUGGGACGCAUUCUGGCUUGCCCACACCUCCGCCGCUGAGCGCAUAAGGACUAGCAGGGAGAGCACUGCUCCAGCCACAGCUGUGAGGGCAGGAGUCCUGUUAAAUGCUUGAAGACACCUUUGGAGAAGAGACCCACUGCCGCUGAGGUUACAAUUAUACCUGCUAGCACAAAACUCUGAAUAUUGAAGAAGGAGGAAACACAAACCAUGCUGUCCCUCGGCGUUGUGAAAGAUGGCGUCAUUCUACCUAGCGAUGAGGAUCGAAAGAGGAUCAUCACCCAGAUGAAAGUGCGGACAACACUGAAAGGGGAUAAGAGCUGGAUUCAGCAGAGAUCGGACCCUGAGGAGGAGCAGAACCACAGCCCAUUGCAUUCACCAUUGAGGACCAGGGGCACCACUGGGAAAUCUCCUGCCUCACCGAAGAGUUUGUCACCGACUCGCAGAUUAGCCUUUGCUGAACCACCUUCCCAAGCAGAACCACAGUCUCCAAAAAGUUAUUCCAAAAAAUCUCCCAGUGCCACAUCACCUUCUGGGUACCUCAUCAGAGGGGUUUUCACCAAGACCAUUGAUAAGACUACUCCUUUGAACACAGCAUCCAAUGGCUCACAAAAGAGUGCCAAGAGCGCCAGCCUGCCCCGCUUCAGUCAAGGGCACAAGAUGAGUACUGAGGAGUACAAGAAACUGGCUCCUUAUAACAUCAAACGAGAGCUAUCCGAACCAGGUGACGUGGAGCCUUCCGUUUCCCCAGAUGAGCAACAAAAGAGGACUGAAGCUGCGAGCAGCGUGCUUAGGAGAACAGCCAGCAGGGAGCGCUCCUAUGUCCUUUCAGCUGCUAAGAAAAGCAAUGGGAUUGAUCUAGAGGAUGACACAGGCCCACGCUCCAGAAGUCAGACAGUACCUGCUUCAGGAUGGUUCAGCCGCCGUGGGAAGAGCAGCACCAAUGGGGAAAGAAUAAGCACUUCAGGAUCCCCACGAAGUGAGACAAGGGUGGUGAAUGCUUCUUCUAGCACAAGCUUCGAUUCAGCGAACAGCGGAAACCAAGCCUCCAGUUCCUAUUCUGAAUCCUUGUUCAAACAAUUCAGUUCUUUGGAAAACAGUAACAAGCUGGAUCAAGAGAGUAAUCAGAUGACUUCCUGGAACAACUCUUCUCCAAAAUCUCCUGAUUCUCCUUCACGUAGAAGUGAGAAGAAUGAACGAAAAUCCGAGGCCACACGAAGUGCUGAAACACUUCGUGCCGUUAUUUCUGAGGACAGCUGGGAAACAAUAAAGCCCAAAAGUACAACUGUGAGUCAAACACCUCCGCACAUCGUCAUCUCCCCAGAGGCAAGCCCAAAGAGGCCCACCUCUCAUUAUCGAACCAGAGAUGCUUUCUCUACACCUGAGACUUAUCUUCAGUCCAUGGCUGGAGAACACCUGCGUGACAUAGAUGUUGGCUCCCCAAGGGCUGGCUCUUUCAAUAGGGACAGCACCGAUACUCCUUCUGGAGCAACAUACAGUGUUCCCACCCACUUUGACAGCGAUGGGGAUGCUGGCUCAAAAAGAUCUUUCUCUGACUUUGAGAAGAAGGCUAUGCAAGAGAUGGCAUAUGAGAGUCCAAGUGACACAGAAUACAAAAAGGUGGAAGCUCAUCUGGCAAAAUCUGGUUCAUGGUCCAGUGAAAGCAGCCUUAGUACCGGCAUCCAAGGUGAACUCCCAAGAGCUGCCAAAAGGGAUGAGUCAGAGCUGGAAAGUGCAAGGUCCAGUUCUUUCUCUACAGAGAGUGGUGUUGCCACUCCGGAAAGCCAACAAGGAGAGCAUGGGACAGAUUCGGACACAUCAGGUCUCUCCAGGGGGGUUACUUUGGGCAUGUCAGAGACAAGUCAUAGGAUGCCAACCUAUAUGGACAACCCCAGUGUGCUGGAGAGAGGUCACAGGAGAUCGUCAUAUCUGGAUUGCCAACCCAACAAUACCAUCAGAUCAGAGACUAGGCAUGGGAUGUCAUCAUAUCUGAGCAACCAGCCAUCCAAUGCCAGAAAGUUGGAGAUCAGUCAUGAGAUAACAUCAUACCUGAACAACCAAGCAUUCAACAGUGGAAGUAUGUCCUACUACCCCUUCAGAGAUGGCCCAAUAAUUGGCUCCCCAAGGAGCCACAGGGUGCCUUUCUAUAAGGACAUCUGUGACACAGAUAUCAGAAGGAAUUCAGAUGAGAGGGCUGCGGCAGCUUCCUCUCGGCUUAAGAAUCCUUCGGCCUCUGGUUAUGACUCAGACCCCACCACAUCAAGCAAAGGCCUUCUCUUCGUAAAGCAAUCAGUCAACAGCACGGAGUUGUCAUCCUCACCACGUUACAAUAGUCGCAGCCUGGCUGAUUUGUCUGAACUGGAGAGGACAAGCUAUAGCAGUGCCAGCUUUCUGAAUAGCAGCCCCCCGAAAAGGCCAACUGAAGACAUCUGCACUUAUUGUGGCCGUGAGAUCCGCAACUGUGCUAAGAUAACUAUUGAGAACCUCAGAAUCUGCUGCCAUGAGUACUGCUUCCGGUGUGGGAUUUGUCACAAGCCAAUGGGAGAUCUCCUGGAUAAAAUCUUCAUUCACCGGGACAUUGUCCACUGUGAUAAGUGCUACGAGAGGCUCUUCUAAAUUUCCAUCGGCCAGAAGAGCCUAACCCAAGAGAAGACCGUAGCCCACGUGGGCCAGGAUGAUUUGACUGCCUUCUGACCAGCGAACAUCUGUUCUUCCUCUGCUCUUACGUUACUCUUCUUUAGCCACCUUUUCCUAGGGAAAGCAAUUCACACUCACUCAUUUAACUUUACUACCCAGUAACAGGCAGGCAGGCAGGUCCAAAAUAGGAACAAAAAGCCAGUGUCACCAGUCAGAGAAAAGAGUGUUGGGAAAUUAUAAACUGCUGAGCACCUCCAGAUCAUUUGUCUUUGAGAAGAUUUGUUGGGACACAUUUCAUUCUGAUAAACUCGUCCAAGUGCUAAACUGAAUGAGAUGCAGAGGGGGAGACAUUGUCCCUAUCUUCCAGAGACAGCUCUUAUUUUCUGGUAUUAAUCUCUUUAAAAAUCCUGUCUCUGGUGGCUAAGUUAUACAAUGUUACACCAGGCAAUUGUCAUUCUGCAUGUUCCAAUGCAUUUUCCAAUCAGUACGGGGGGGGCAGGUUAUUUUUUGGGGGGGGUGGAGGAUAGGAAGCAAGUUUGUUGCACGAGAGAGCUGAAUCAUAUUUAAUUGUGCUGCCUGAAUUUGCUGAUAUGUGAUUGAAUUCCACCUGAAAAUAGUGACAGUCUGAAAACAUCCUCUGUUUUGAUUUUGGGGUGCUUUUAAACAAAAUCAACAUGGAGACGUGCACACCUGGGAGGGUGGCCAUAUGUCCAAGAAUGCAACUUUCUGUUUGAAGGACUGUCUGAUCCAAGCUUAAAGGAAAAGUACUAUAAGAAGGCAGAUCUGCAGAAACCUUGAAGUAGCCCAUCAACAGCACCUUGACAGCAGAACUGAGCAGGCACAGGUCACACCGUCUACCCCAAUAGGCUAUAAUAUUUCUAUUAUAUUAAUUCUUUAUAAAUUUCUAGCUAGACAUACAAAUGAGCAUGUGCAAAUUGUAUGCAAAUCUGUGACUUGUUCUUUUUGUGCACAUACAAUGCGUUUCCUCUUUUGGAGCUAUGUGGAACUGGCCACCCUUGGCACAUACGGAAUGGGUGUAGCUCAGUUCAAACAUGCCUUAUAUGCAUAACGUUGAACUCUGUCAUUUCCAGGUGUUUUGUUUUUAAAGGAUCAUGAACAGCAGGUGAUUGAUAACAUAUCCCAAGAUCCUGGACAAAUACUGUCAUGCAACACAGAUAUUUACUGAACUAAGAGGACCCAUGUCCCCAUUCAUUAUAGGACAGCUUCAUAUAUCCAGUAGCUUUUCUUCCAUUCCACCAAAAUUGCUUGUCUGGAAAUGUUGCUGAAUGUGUUUGAGUUGCAUUGUAGCUAAUCUGUAAAUGCCCUCAGUUCUGUUGUGGGUUUGAAUAUUCUUAAGCUUUUUCUUCUUUUUUAAAUACAAACUGCUCAACAGGUUAUUCACAGGGUAAAUGCAUACAGAUGUACAGCUGGCAGGCCUACACAAUAGUGCAUAAUAGUGACUGCAUGAAAGGCGUUCCCUUGUGUCAUUUUUGGUGUGAGAAUAGGGUUGUGUCCACAUGAGUGUCCUUAUUUGACUUGUGAAGUAUUGGGAGAUGCAGUGGUAUAGUUAGGUAAUUUUAGACCAGGGUCACUGAAGUGUUGUUUUUGGAUGUGAAAGUGCCUUUGAUUCACCUGGGCCCACAAGGACUCUUAAGGUCCCCACUCACUGCCUCCAUCAUCAUGAAGUAGUGUGGGUGGUUGUCUUUCUCUCUCUCUGAAAGUACGUAGAAUUGAAGGAGGAAGUGAGAAGAUUGUUGAUAUUUGGGGAUAAACAGACCAGAAUGGGUGUCAUUCAUGGCAGUUACUAAAAAAAUCCAUAUAGUAAUGUGGAUUUUUAUUUUUAUUUUACAAGAGACAUUGGGGUAGGAGUUGGAGAAUAGUGUGAGGGGUGUGUGCCUGCCUGGUUGAGAGGCCUCCAGUAGAAUAUUAAUGUUUGUUGUGGCUGCUAAUUAAUAAGACCACCCAUCUUAACUCAAGAUAUUAAACUUAUUACAGCACCUAAAAAUAGUGGUGACUGUUUUAGACUCUAGACUUAAUAGUCUUCUCAUGGGGGGCUUUUUAGAUGGUAAUGUCUGUUCCUUCACUUCAGAGAGUGGUUGGUCAUUUUCCCUGCUGAGUGAGACCUUCUACCUCUGCCCAAAAGUACUGUCAAGCACCAGGGUGUUUUGGCUGGCUCAUUACAACAUUAUGAAGCAAAUAUGCUGGGGCUCAUCCACACUCCCUUUUGUGCCUCAUUUCUAGGCACAGGUCUGGUCUUUCCAGGUCCAGGUAAUUUAUUUCCUCCCGGCACUUUCCCCAGGAAAACCUGGCAAUCAGAUUUUCCAGAUUGCUGUUUGCUCUAAUUCAGUAGUAAAACACACAUUUUCCUGGGGAAAGCAUUGGGACAAAACAAAAACAUAACUGCUUUGACACAGAGCUGGAAAACCCAGACCUGUGUUCGGAAAGCGUGGAGCACAGGUAAAUGUUUACGACCUUUUCUCCUAAACUACUUUUUUUCUCUUGAUUUUGAGCCUCAGGCUAUAGCUACUUAACUCUUGCAGAAAUUUAAGGCAAAACUCUUGCAGAGUUUUCAGCAAACCUUUGCAUGGUGAAUUGCUGUAUUCAUCAAACCUUUCAUGUUCAAGUUUCAAGACAUUAGAUUUUUCCUUUACAUGCCCCUCAUAUGUUUUAAAGAUAUGCCUCCAGUUAAAAUACCUGCUGCUCCUGAAAAUUACCAAUUCUUAGUACACAAGCAUGCAAUAAAACCUUGUGACUUGGGCAAGAUCUUUUGUUAGAAGUCCAUGGUCAAUAUUUAACUUCUAGGCUGACUUCUUUUUCUGCAGGCUUUAGAGCACACAUUUUUAUCAAGCAACAAGCAAGAUUUCAGAAGCUGUUUAACUGUUUGCUUUAUUUCCUCAAUGACACGUACCGCUGCAAGCUGCUUUGGGAAGGGAGAUAUAGGUCAUAUAGAUGUUUUGCUUCGUUGUCCUUGCCAACCUAUUUUCUUUGAACCAAAAGUUUAAUCUCUACAUAACAGUUCUUCUAAUAAAUAUUAUGUGCAGAAA